AUGGUUAACAGCUUCACGAUAUUAAUUCGCCUUGCCUUCCUCUCGAGCAGUGCGUCUCAUGAACUCAGCAGUCCCAAUUCGCACUCUCCUCCGCCGGCCCUGGACCGCUGUACCUAAAAUCACGCUCACAAGAAGACUGCACCAAUUGAGCACCAUGAGUGAGAAGCUGAAGCCUGCCGCCCGUGUAUCGGGCAGCCGGCAGGAUGUUUGGUCCAUCAUCAAUGAAGCCGCUGCUGCCUCGCCCAAGCAGCCCAUCAUCAACAUGGGGCAGGGCUUCUUCGGGUACAAUCCUCCAGACUUCAUCCUGGACGCUGCCAAGCAAGCCCUCGACCGGGUCGAAUGCAACCAGUACUCCCCAACCAAGGGCCGUCCGCGCUUGAAGAAGGCCAUCUCGGAUGCGUAUGCCCCCUUCUGGGGACGUAAGCUCAAUCCCGAUACCGAGAUCACCAUCACCACCGGCGCGAAUGAGGGAAUGCUAAGUGCCUUUAUGGCCUUCAUCGAACCAGGGGACGAGGUUAUUAUCUUUGAGCCCUUCUUUGACCAGUACAUUAGCAACAUUGAGAUGCCUGGCGGCAAGAUUGUCUAUGUCCCCUUGCACCCGCCCAAAGAGGGCGCAGUCAAGACACUCCCAGCAGGCGAGUGGACUAUCGACUUUGACGAGCUCGAGCGGGCCAUCACACCCCGGACCAAGAUGUUGGUCAUCAACACACCGCACAACCCCGUUGGCAAGGUCUUCACCCGCGACGAGCUGCAAAAGAUUGCCGACCUGUGCCUCAAACACAAGAUCAUCAUCCUCUCCGACGAGGUCUACGACCGCCUGUACUACGUCCCCUUUACCCGCAUCGCGACGCUGUCCCCAGAAGUGGAGCAGAUUACCCUGACGGUUGGCUCGGCGGGCAAGAACUUUUACGCUACAGGGUGGCGAGUUGGCUGGCUCAUGGGCCCCCCGCACCUCAUCCAAUACGUCUCGGCCGCCCACACCCGCAUCUGUUACUCGUCCGUCUCGCCGCUGCAAGAAGCCUGCGCCAUCGGCUUCGAACAAGCAGAAAGCCACGACUUCUGGACUAACGCCAUCACCGACAUGCGCCACAAACUAUCCCUCUUCAACGCCAUUUGGGACGAGCUCGGCGUCCCCUACUCGGAGCCCGAAGGCGGCUACUUCGUCAUGGUGAACCUGUCCUCGGUCCAGAUCCCCGGGGGGUACCCCUUCCCGCCGCACGUGGCCGAACGCCCGCGCGACUUCAAGCUCGCAUGGUUCCUGAUCCAGGAGCUCGGCGUCGCCGCUAUCCCGCCGAGCGAGUUCUUCACCGACGCCAAUGCCCAUAUCGUCGAAGAUUAUGUGAGGUUCGCGGUUUGCAAGCCGGAUGAGGUGCUCGAGGACGCCAAGGAGCGGUUGAGGGGGUUGAAGCGGUAUCUGAAGAAGGCUGGAAGUAAAACAGAAUGAUGAAGGAAGGGGAUGGUGGGUUUCAAGGGAGUUAGGUGAGACAGGAGUGAGGUUACGGUGAGAGGGAAGUGGAUCGUGGUAGACAUGCUAUUACGGUUAUAGACG